UGACAAGAGUAGGCAACAUAAACAUAAAGUUAGCUGAGGCUACCGGUAGCCUACUCAGUUUAUUCUUCUGAUUAUUGCUUUACGGUACGUAUCUGGAAAAAAACACUCAUAAGUAAAGAACUGAGUAUAAGUCUAAUAAUCUGUCUUUAGGUGUAAGAUACCAUGGUUAAGUCUUUUGGAGAAUGGUGCCUCCUCGAUGGUAUACAUUUGGAAUCUUUUUUUUCCUUCAGUUCUUCUGGAGACGAAAAAAUGGGCAACACAUUAUUCAGGAAGCCCUCUCAGCACAGGGCAAUGCUUAACCGUGAUAUCAUAGCACAGUUUUACAGCACAGAGGUUAAAGCAACGAGGACUAGCAAUCACAUAUUAAACAAACUAAAAUAUGUUUAUAUUUUUGAAACAGUUUAACCAGCAUGCUAGAACAUUUUUAGAUUUCUCCCGUAUUUGUGUCUUUGCGGUUCUCAUUUUUCAUAGCCUUAGUCAGAUGUUUGUGUUGAUCCAUGUGUCAGGGACCCUAUCUUGUUGAACCAGUUUAUUUUCAAGUAGGCUAUUAUUCCUCAACCUAAACGUUUUUGUGUGUGCUUCUGUUAAAAUGUUUUGCAUAGGCCCAUCAGUUUUACUCAACAAUUUGACUACUUUCAUGAUCUUAUUUGCAUACCCUAGGGUACAUUUCUCUGGAAUAGUAUGCAAAAACACAGCCUUACAUGAAAAUCAAGCUGAUUUCAACCUCAAUUUCCUUUGACAAAUGACCACAGCCACGCCCUGCAUCAUGACACAGCAGCAGCAGGUGAAGUUUGACCAGAGCCUGGGCAGUGCUCUCUCAUGGAUCAAGGUGGUCCAGGAGAGACUUCGGCAAAAUGACAACACACAGGGACCUAGAGAGGACUUAGAAGCCCGAGUCCGUGCGACAGAGGAGAUCUGUGAGUGUGAGGAGGAGGGCAGGAUGAAGGUGGAUUUGGUAAUGGCGACUGCAGAGUCCUUGCUGAGGACCAUUAGCGAGGAGGACAGGGUCCAUAUUUGCACCAAGCUGAAGGAGCUCAAAGCAUUGUGGGAGGAAACCUCUACGUACAUCACACACUGCCACAGUCGCGUGGAGUGGGUUUGGCUUCACUGGGGGGAAUACCUGAAGGCCUACGAGGAGCUGUGGGCUUGGCUGCUGCGGACGCGUCAGAUCCUGGCCCCCGAGCCGGAGCUUCAGCUGGGCUCCCAGGAGAAGCUCUGGCAGCUGGAGCACCAUCGGGUGCUGCUGGAGGACACUCAGCACCACGCCGCCCACCUGGGCCGGCUGCUGGAGGAGGCCGAGGUCCUCCACGUCCGCACGCAGGACGAGAGUGUGGGCCCCGAGGCGAGGCGGGACCUGGAGGGCGCUUACAACAAAGUGCUGGAGCAGGCCAAGGAAAGAGUGUCUUUGCUGGAGAGGAUUGUCGAAGAGCAGAGGGCUUAUGACAACCUUGUUGAAGACUUCAGAUCGUGGCUGGCAUCCCAGACCCAGAUAGUGAAUCAGGCUUUGGAUGCUGAGGACUUAGCAGACAACAACAUGGAAACACUCCAGGAGCUCUAUGAUACAGUGAGCAGCAGAGAAGGGUCUUUGUCUCGCAUUGAGUCUGUGGCCAUCGGGGUGAAGCACAGCUCCUCUCCAGGGGGGGCCGAGCGGAUCUCCCAGGAAACGGAGGCUCUGCGCGGGGCGUGGGAGCGGCUGAGGGAGCGGCUCGCAGCCGAGCGGGAGGCCCUGCGUGAGCGCCGGCAGUCCCAGGAAGCCCGGGUCUCGCUGACCAACCAGCUGGAGGAAGAGGUCGCCCGGCUCCACGCUCAGACGCAGAGGUUCUCCAGACAGCUGGAGGGAGACAGCGAGGAUGGAAGGGAGCAGGACGCUCUGGACGCAUGGAGGACGUCCACUGAUAUCCUCAGUGCCAUGGCAACUGAGGAGCCCAGUGUGGAACAGCUGAAGGCGGAGCUGAAGAAACUGUUGCGAUAUUCACAUGACGCCACGUCCCUGUCCGACCGCUUGCUGGGCUGCAUAAAAGAGUUUCAGGGGGUGAAAAGCCGGGCAUUCAGGCUGUGUGCGGAGAGAGAGGCCAGUUUGACAAAUCGCCUUUGGGAUCUGCUACAGGACCACAGCCGGUGGAAUCAGAUGGCCACAAAGAUGCUGGGAGUGCCUUUGGAGUCGAUUGAAUCCAGACACAUCGCCCCUGUGCUGGAGAAUGUGGAGAAGUUGCUGCAGCACAGGCAUGGUUUGGAGGAAAGGCAGAGAACCAUGCCGCUGAGAGAGGACUCGUUACACUGUGGCCAUGGAUCUGAGAAAGCCCGGAGUCUCCUGAAAGAGCUCAGCUUGGCGUUUGGGAAGAGGGAAGAGCUCUAUGAGAAACUCCAACAGAGGAAGGUCCACCUGCAGGGGAUGCUGUCCAAUGUGGAUCAGUUUGAUAAAGGAUAUGAAUCCAUAUUAAAACAUCUAGACUCUCUCAGACAGAAACUAACAUCUGUUGGCACACUGCAACCUGACCUACAGGCCAAGAGGAAUCAGAAUGACCAGCUAAAGGUAAUCCUGGCCGAGUUGGAGGCCAUCCCAGCUGAUUUCACAUCUCUACAAGUCCUGGUUUCAGACAACUUAAGCAACAUGAAAAGAUUCAACUUUCUCCAUGCCGAGUGGAAAAAUAUGCUCAGUGGUGCCAAGGUGAAACUGAAGGAGAGCACUCAGAAUGUGGCAGAGCAUGACGAGUUUGGCCGGAGCCUGUUAGACCUAGAGAGCUGGCUAAAGGCCAUGCAGGAGAGACUGGCUGCUUCUGGUGCCGUGUCUGGGGAUGGAGGCCCAGUUGAUGUCCAGACAGACAUCCAGUUUGAAGACCUUCUAGAGAAGGAGAUACAGUUACACCAGAUAGAGGUUCUGGGUCAACGAGUGAUGGCCAGGACGUCCAAGGAGGGCCAGGAGCAAAUCCCGCUGGUUUUGCUGAGGCUGAGAGAAUCCUGGAACUCAGUACACAACCUCUGCACUCAACGUCAAAUUCAUCUGCUACUGGCGGAGAGAGACCACACACACUCAAAGGAGCGUAUGGAGACUGCAGAUGGGCUCCCUCUAGGGGACGUUUCUGGAAGUUCUCUGAGCCACAGGAUAAAACCUACAGGAGAGACUGAGAGAAGGUCGUCUAAUACUGUGUUGUCCUUUGAGGGCCAACUGGCAUCGGAUGCAGGGGGCUCUGGAAAGGGUUCAGGGCGUGGUCAGGGUGAAGGAGGAUCUGGUAAACACAGAGAGGUCUUUGAGGCUUGGCUGAAAAGGGGGAAUGUGGAACUCUCUAAACUCUCAAGUUACAAGGCGCCUCUAAGCAGAAAAGAACUCCAAGCCCAGCAACAGAAGCUUCAGGAACUUCGUGCUGACCUGGGUCAAGGUCAUGACCUGUUCCAGAGGAUGAUCUCUGCUGGGACUGAAGGUCAGGCUCUAGAGGACCUGAGGUAUCACUGGAUGCUUUACAGGACCAAAUUACACGACUGUGGAGACCCGCAGGCACAUCCAGAGCUCAAGGCCAGUCGGGUACCUAAGCAGAAACUGACUGUCACUGAAAUGAGAACGGCCCAGAAGAGCAGCAGUGGCUUCCUGCAGCGGGUGUGCUGCGCGGCGCUUCCUCUCCAGCUGCUGCUUCUCUCGCUGCUUCUGCUGGCCUUCCUGCUGCCGCUCACCUACGAGGGCAACAGCUGCUCACUUGUCAACAACUUUGCCCGCUCCUUCAAGGUCAUGCUUCGCCACGACGGCCUGCCACCCACUUGAGCCAACCCUUACUGCCUGCGUUCGGAACAUCAACUCAUUCACUACAUAGUGCUUUGAAUAGCGAAGAACUUUACAAUGGAUAUUCUGAACAUAGUCUCAGUUAGAACAGGAUGAAUGUUCGUUUACAGACUUUUGACGAUGCUCUCUUUUCCUGUGCUGGCAGUGCUGCAGUCUUACAGGUUUCUUACAAAAAAUGUUUAACGUUUAUGUUUUGGAUAAGCUGGAUGGAGCACUUAACUCAUUGAGUGCCAAAAACGUAACAUUACGUUUUUCCUUCCCAUGCGUUGAGUGCCAAAAAUGUAAUAUUACGUUUUUAGCUUUUUUUUUUAAAU